AUGUCAGGCCCAAACCUUCACAACGCUCUCCUCCGCCCUCCAAUCAUCCAAAUCCUGCGUGCUCAAGGCUUCCACUCAACACGCCCCUCCGUCUUGGAAUCUAUCCAGGAUCUGACUGGACGGUAUUUGAUGAUUCUCGCCUCAUCUGCAGCGGAGCAUGCCGCAAAUGCGCACCCAUAUGACCCAGUUCCCGGCCUCGAAGACAUAUACCAAGCUCUGCAGGACGCAGGAGCUAUCCGACCACAAUUACGUGAAUGGGAAGAGGAAUGGCAGGGAGAAGAAGAUAUGCGAGGUCUUGAUGCUUUCCUCAGCUGGAUCACUGGUCCUGUCCACCGUGAAAUCCGACGUGUUGCCGGCUUUGUGCCCAGUGAGGGGGACAUGGUGGAUCCUGACGCUGUUGAAAAGGAGGAUUACUUGACUGCAUUGAAGAAGAAACAUAGUAAGACUGGUGAGGAAUCUCGUUACGCUGGAACCGUCCUAGGAAAACACGCCGAGGAACACCCGGUCAUCAUAGAGGGUGGUGCGCCCAGCAUUCAAGAUUGGGGUGCGCAGAUUCGUGCCAGAGCUUCAGAGCCAACGGACAGUGAUAGCUCAGGUGUCAGCAGCGCGCCAAGUCACCUCUCCGAGGAUCAAGCUAUGGAGGGGUGA